AUGGAGUUUUUGAAAGAUCAAUACCCUAGCGACAACGAAAGCAAAGACAAAGAAUCGGACGAUACCGUUGAUCUGCCAGCGUUACCAAGUGCAUUGCUGGAUAAGUUUCACGUUUCGCCAAACAUUGAGAAACUCACAGCACAAUCACACGAACUGCAAGUACAACAACAACCGAUGAACAGUCUUGCAAAAAUCUCGACGACACAGGCCGCCAAAUGGACUAGUUUUGCGUUUUUGGAAAUGCGUCCAACAGUGCAGCAACGUCGGAUUCUUGAUAAACUAACCUGCGAGAUAGCUGCACAACUGCAGCAGCGACGCGGAGGACUGUAUUUCCAGCCGCUGCAUAUGAGCGAUCUUGGAUCGCCGCUGCCGCUGCACGUCUCGCUAAGUGCGAACCUCGAGUUCGGCACCGCGGCUGAAGUGGACGCAUUCGAGCAAAUGUUGCGAAUCGAGGUUUUCCAGCGAAUUCCAGGCCCGUUCCAGGUCGAUUUCGAACCCUUUUUAAAAGUGUACGAAAAUGCCGCGAAAGACGCCUUGUUUCUUGCAUUGGGCGUCAGAAAUGAACAGAAAAACGGGCCCUUACGCCAACUGUGGCAAGCGGUUCAUGAAUCGCUGGAUUUUUGUCGACGCACCGAUCCAGACGAAGACCUCAAAAAUUGUUCAAAUUCUCGCGUGCAACAACCAUUGUGGGGCCACGAACGCUCCCAUAUGUCCAUUUCCAAAGCCUUUGUGCAAACGAACAGCACCAAAAACGGUGGUGUUGCACCUUUCCCUGAAAGCGAACUUUCUACGAACCAAACCGAAGAGCUCAACCGGGCUCUUAUGACCAUUCCAGUAGACCCUCAGCUUUUAGAGAAUCUUUCCUUCCAAUGCACGGGCGUCAAGGUCACCAAGCAGAGAUCAAACGUGUGGAUUCCCUUCCCAUCAGGCCCCUAG